GAGAUCCGGAUCUGCGAGGAUGCCAGGGACGUUGCGGAGCUUUCCAGCGGAGCGACGUGUCCCGUGCAGGUGCAGACUUUACAGCUGGAUGUAGCGCUCUUUGGGCAGGAGUCGGGCAGUCUGCGCACGCCCUUGAACGCGAAGGCGGCUGCCUUUGUCCCAAGAGUGGUGUACGAUCAAAUGGGCUCGAGCGCCGACCAGCGGACCACGGUAUUGAUGCGCAAUCUGCCCACCACUCUCAUCCGUGACGAGCUGGUCGAUCUGGUUAACAGCAAGGGCUUCGCGGAGCAGUUCGACUUCUUGUAUCCUCCCACGAACUUCGCAUCUGCGAGCAAUUUCGGAUAUGCGUUUGUGAAUUGCCUGCUGGAGACCGCGUCCGACCCGUUCAGGGACACGCGCAGUGCGGGGCCUCGUCUGACGAGGUGCCAGCUCAUCGAUAUGCAGAUUCAUCUCGUCUUCGGCGAGGACUUCUACCUCAGCGUGUCUCUGCAUGUCUGCUAUGCGGAGCCUCUGCAGAUCCUGUGCUGGGUGUUCGUCGUGAUGACGACCGUCGUGCUGUUCUACCUGGCCUGGGCCGCCAAGGCCAAGGAAAAGGAGCUGCUGCAGGGCUUGCAGGCCCUGUUGGCCAAGCGCAAGAGGGCCCAGCGUGAGCGCAAGAAGGAGGCGUCCGCCUUCACGCCCACGACGCUGGUGGAUGACCACUGGCACGGCAAGCUCUUGACGGAUGCAUUCAAUGAGUUGUUCACGAUUAAGAAGAAACAACAUUUUGUCGUGGGUGUAGUCAGUCAUUAUCCUGAUGGACUUUUGGGCUAUCAGCUCCCUGAGGGCGCAGCGGUCACUGUGGUCCUGAACAGGCAGCUUGAUGGAUCAGUCCCAAUUCGUGCACCUGCUCUGGGCUCGAAAGCAGUCCUACGGGUGACGCCCCUUUUUGUCCGACAGUUUGGUGCCACGACUCCCCAUCUCAAGUGGGAGCCUCAGGCGGGGAAGGCCCUGCCGACGGCACAGGCUACGAAGGUGCUGCGGUUGGCUUGCUUCCAGGACCUCGUCACACGUGCCACGUGGAAGAAGCACAGCUCCAAUUUUAAAGUUGCGGCGACGGAUUGGCUACGGACGCUACACCUACCUCAGGAUGCAGCUGUUGAUCUCUUCAGCCCGCGACGUUCUGAAGACGGGGAGAUCAUCUCUAUCAAUGUCCGCAUGUUAGCGCAGCAUGUCUCUACUGUGGAGGCGGCACCGGCCUCGCUGGUAUUCUCUGUCGCCUUCUUCCUCAAGAUGGUGCUCCUCCGCCCCCAGUUGGGCAAAUCAAGUGGGUCAAGCGUCUCGACGGGGAAGCUGGUCCUGAUCUUCUUGCCCGCGCUCGUGGGCUGGCAGAGCAGGCAGCACAUCGAAAAAGUUGAUCCUUGUCAUCAGUGCGCCUUGGACUCUGGCAAGCACCUGCGUGACUGGUCCUUCAAGGGCGGUGGUCGCCUUGGGCUCGGGUGGAGCCCCUACUGCUACGUUGCGGGCGAGGGCGGUGACGACGCGGUCUGCUACGCUCGCGCCUCGGCCCCCCGUCUCUUGGCGGCAGGCGCCAGGCGUAGGUUCGACGGUUCCCUCGCGCUUGAGUCGCAGCACACCUUGACCUGGGAUAUUGGUGACUUUAACGAAAGCCUGUGGCUAUGGGCGAGUGGUCUGCUGCCGCGGUCUCCUCCUUCGAACGUGCUCUACCUCAUGAUAUUGAUCUGGCCUGGCGGAUUUGGCAAGAUGCAGCUGGUGCUCCACAGCUGUCCCGAGAUCCUCUGGCACGUGCAGACGGAGCUCGCGAAGGCAAGGUUCGGCUCAUUGCCGCCACGCCAUAUUCCUUCUAUGGAUCUCGAGAAGUGCUUCGACAGGCUGGACUUGCCGAACCUGGAGUUGAUUGCGUUGGCGCAUUCCCGGCUCGUGCGAGCAUUGUUCAACACCUCCCUGUGGUCCAACGUGGUGCUGCCGUUGCUGACGCAGUUGCUGCCCUUUGGGCUGAAGGAGGCUACGCACUGA